CUAAGGAAGACCCACCUCUUUCUCUCUCACUGCCUUCCACUCCCAGCUGACCUCUGAUUUCAUCAGCUAUGACUAGUUUGCUGCAUUUCCCUUCAGUGCCUUUACUUUUCCCUUUAAUUAUGUUGGGCAGGUUAUUUAGAACCUUUGUUGUCAGCCUUCUCCCACCUGCCACCAACCUUCCCUUUCCAAGAUAGAACUACACCAUCAGCCUCCACGGAAGACCUUGGGUCUAAAACUUCAAACUUUGGGGGAAUCUCAAGCAGCUUCUCCAAAGAGUCUUGCAAGGGGCCUCCCUGCACUAACUAGAUCUUACACAUUAAAAGAAUCAUCCUCAAGUAUGAGCAGAAGACACUUGGGACAUUUCAAGUAGGAAUGUAAAUUUUACUAUGCAAAAUCAUAGUAAAGGUUACAAAAAUUAUAUCUCAUACUUGAGGAUUAUUUAUUUAAGCUUGCAUACUUGAGAAGUUACCAGGCUCCAAACUUUUUAAGCCAUCCCAUUUUCUUGUCUGAACCCUACCAACCCUCAAUUUACCCCAGAUCUCAGAAUGCCUAGGAGAGGUCUCAGAGCUCAAGUUCAAGUUUAGCCUUCACUCCCUCAGUCUCGACCCCCCCGCAUAGGAAUUUAGGAUGAAGCCACACCUAGAGUGGCAGAAAAGUGUCACCCAGGGAGUUUUAGGCAAAACUAGAGCUUACGCCUGGGCGUCCCUUUUCUCAAACCAGGAUUCUCUUCAUUUCCUUAUGACAGAGCACAUGAUCAGAAGACUUGAUCAACUGAAGCCUGAUAACCAUGGAAUCACACGACAGAAUGAGACGGUGAGCACAAAAUGCCGAGGCCUCUGGUGGGAAUGCGUCACCAAUGCUUUUGAUGGAAUUCGCACCUGCGAUGAGUACGAUUCCAUACUUGCGGAACAUCCCUUGAAGCUGGUGGUAACUCGAGCGCUGAUGAUUACUGCAGAUAUUCUAGCUGGGUUUGGAUUUCUCACCCUGCUCCUUGGUCUUGACUGCGUGAAAUUCCUCCCUGAUGAGCCGUACAUUAAAGUCCGCAUCUGCUUUGUUGCUGGAACCACAUUACUAAUAGCAGGCACCCCAGGAAUCAUUGGCUCUGUGUGGUAUGCUGUUGAUGUCUAUGUGGAACGUUCUACUCUGAUUUUGCACAAUAUAUUUCUUGGUAUCCAAUAUAAAUUUGGUUGGUCCUGUUGGCUAGGAAUGGCUGGGUCUCUGGGUUGCUUUUUGGCUGGAGCCGUUCUCACCUGCUGCUUAUACCUUUUUAAAGGUGUUGGACCUGGGAGAAACUAUUCUUAUUCCUUGAGGAAAGCCUAUUCAGUUGCAGGUGUUUCCAUGACCAAGUCAUACUCAGCCGCUCGAACUGAGACUGCCAAAAUGUAUGCUGUAGACACAAGGGUGUAAAAUGCACAUCUCAGUCUGUGCUUACAUAUGAUUUAAUUAAUCAGUAUGGUUACAUUGAUAAAAUAGUAAGUCAAUCCAGAAACAGUUAUUUAGAAUUCGUAUUGAACUAAAUUAAUUGCUAGCUUAAUCAAAAUGUUUGACUCUCCUAUACUUUUCCUUUCUAUUACUGUCAUAUUUUUCCCUCGUUCUCUCUACUAACCUUCUUCCUUACGCACACACUUUCCCUAUAUUUUAAGAUAAGUCUUCUAGAAUGUAGAAAUGUUUGUUUGUGAUUUCUAUAUAGCUAUUAGAGAUUAUAACAUGGUACUAUUAAAUGAAAUAAUGCUUAAAUAGGAAGCAAUCUUAAAAGAGGCCAGGAACCCUAACCUUUGAAAAGAUGGACAAACUUGCUUUUCUCCCUAGCUUUUGGUUCACUUUUUGUACUUUUAACAAGUGGGUGAAUUAUUUGAUAACUUUGAGGAAGAUUAUUCUUUUAUAUUCAUAUUAGUAUAUCAAUGCCUACCAUUACUCUGAUUGUAUUAAAACAGAAAAAGAAAAUAACAACUUGGCAUAGCAGCCACUGGUGAGAGUUAAAGACAAGAUCUGCCCCCCGCCUCCAAAUGUCAAAGGCAAAUGCUGAAUUGAUACUGGAGCUCGUGGUGACUUUCCACCUCACUAACAGCAUAAGGGAUCUGUGUAUUAUUUCACUGCUAUUCUAGCUUUGCUGAUAUAUUGCCAAAUUAUUAGACUGCAGAAGUAAUAGCUCAACCAGAGAAUUUACUCAUUUAUUGAUUAAACAUCCAAAUACUAUUGUAAUGUACUAUGUUAGAAUUCACCAAUUCAAGUGCCCACACACCACUGAAUCAUCAGCACCAAGCAACGUAUUAGACAUAUGGCAAAAUUCAACAAAUAUAUGUUGAUUUAAAUAAAUAAAGGUUCACGACUCUACUAAAAAAAAAUCAAUGUUCUGGUGGGGCACUGUAAUUCACGCCUGUAAUCUCCGCACUUCGGGAGGCCGAGGCGGGUGGAUCACGAUGUCAAGAGACCGAGACCAUCCUGGCUACACGGUGAAACCCCGUCUCUACUAAAAAAAUACAAAAAAUUAGCCAGGCGUGGUGGCGGGCACCUGUAGUCCCAGCUACUCGGGAGGCUGAGGCAGGAGAAUGGCGGGAACCCGGGACGCAGAGCUUGUAGUGAGCCGAGAUCGCGCCACUACACUCCAGCCUGGGCGACAGAGCGAGACUCCGUCUAAAAAAAAUAAAAAUAAAAAUAAAAAUAAAUAAAUAAAUAAAUAUUCCUCAUAAAAUGUGGGUUUUGGGGAAAAUAUAGAAUUACGUAUACAUUUAAAGAAGUCGCUAAUGAAAUUUCAUUCACAUUCGUAAUGUAAUCAUGUUGAAUUUUUUUAAUUGUAGCAUUUUUUAAAAUGUUUGUAAAAUUUAAUCUCCAGUUUUCUAAUUACUUGUCAUUCACGUUAAUAACAUUAGUACCCUUAAGGUACCCUUGCAAUGCCUGAAAAGAAUAUCAACUCACCCACCCAGAAAUUAGUUCUCUGAAAAAAAAGAAAUUAAGUUGUGAAUUUAUAAAGACCUUGAAAUAAGUGUUUCAAAUUUAAAGAACAAAGAAUGAUGUGAAAGUGAGAUUAUGAUUCCUACUACAUGGAUUAGCAUUCCGAGAUUGUUGUUUAUUGCUUCCCACAGUGUCUUUAACAGUAUUCUCCAAAGCAGUUCCAAUCUAGUUGGAGAAUUAACAGCAAUUGAUUUAACUUUAUCUCAUUUUUAUUAUUAACUGUGUAAUUGACAUUAAAAAUAUUUGUAAAUCAUAUUCACUAGUUAUUUGAUCAUUAUUCUAUGCAUUUUAAAAUUAAUUUUUGCAUUUUUCCCUCAAUAUUUGUUUUUAACAUUUAUUCCCAUUUUUAUUUUAUACUCUAUUUUCUGUCAUGCUUUAUAUAUUCCAAUAAGUCUUUUGAAAUCCUUGUGGGGAAAGGCAGGACAAAAAUAAUUAGUUAAUUAGAUUUUUAAAAUGUAAUUUUUUUCAUUUUAAAUAUUUCAUUUGUAUAAGAAAAUAUUUCAGAAAACCAUGAUGAUAAUUGAUAUGUGUGACUGUUUUGAAUUUUUUCUCAAUUAAAACAUUUUGUAUGUAAGGGGA